GGUGUUUACGUGUACAAGGUAGAGCGCACGCGCAAGACUCCUGCGAGGUGGCUGGCUUCACAUCUGCAACAAUGUCCAGCAUCAUAAAAGAAAAUAUUCAGCUUCAAAUGGCAGAAUUAGAAAUGCUUUUUUCUAUGUUUCCGAAUAAAGGAGAAAUGACUCUUCAAGAUGAAAAUACUUUCUUUAAUGUUCAGACGUAUUUGAACAAUGCAAGUGAAAUUAUUCCACAUAAAAUUGAAUUCUCAGUUGCUGUUACUAUUGAUGAACCAAAGGUAAGAAUAAAUUUGCAGGUAGCUUUGCCUCAUGACUACCCCCAUGUGCCACCAGAGCUUUUUGCAAGAUCAGAUGCUCUAGAGAGGCAGCAACAACUGCAGCUCAACAAGGAUAUUACUUCUUAUAUUGCAUCUUUGGAGUCUGGGGAACUUUGCAUAUUGGCAGCUAUGCAGUGGUUACGAGACAACGGCAUGGCGUAUUUGCAAAACAGAAAAGUCCAUUGUGAAAGAGUGCCAAAUGAAAAAGUACUUAAGAUAUUAUUUAACCGGAUGUGGAUUUACAGCCACCACAUAUAUAGAUAAGAACUAAGGAAAAAGAUAUUUGAUGGUGCAAAGAAAUUAAAUCUGACUGGCUUCUGCCUAACUGGGAAGCCUGGGAUCAUUUGUGUGGAGGGCGUCAAAGAAAACUGUGAAGAGUUUUGGCAUGUUGUUAGAUAUCCCAACUGGAAACACAUUUCCUGCAAACAUGUUGAGAGUGUUGAGACUGAGGGAAAUGGGGAUCACCUACGUCUCUUUCAUACUUUUGAAGAUUUACAGUUUCAAGCCCACGGUGAUUAUGGACUGAGGAAUGACUAUCACAUGGACCUUGGCCAGUUCCUAGAAUUCCUGAAGGCGCAUCAAAGUGAACAUAUAUUUCAGAUCUUGUUUGGUAUUGAAUGCAAAUGUUCUGACAAAUAA